UGGAGCCUCAACAGAGAUGCUAUCGCUUCACUGCAGUGUGGACACCCCUAUUGAGUUACAGGGGUCACACACGUUGCAUAUGUGUCAAUCCAAUUUUAGACUGUGUGUUUAAUUUAACAAACAGAUGUUAUCACGCUUAAUAAAUGAUUUGCUUCAUUUUCAUGCACGUAAGACAUGUUCAUUUUUGUUCUGUUAUAGUGACAUAUGAGAAGGUGCGCAAGAAACUGAGAAGGGCAACCGAAACAUCCGAUCUGAACACCACAGAUGAUGAACAAACACGGAAGCGGAAACCCUCUACAAAGCUGUCAUUUCUAGAAGAUGAAGAAGAUUUUUCCAUAAGCAAGAAUGUGAGAUCAUCACAAAGGAUGCCACUCUUGCCAACUCCACCUUUGUUUCCAACAACAGUAGCAUCACCCAGCAGCAGCAGCAGCAGCAGCAGCAGCAAGAACACCAGCAACAGUGAAGAUGGAAAUAUCAGCAGUGAUGACAGGAACUACAACAGCAACACCAGCAGCAAUGACACUGGAACUGGGAACAGGGACAAGAGCAGCUAUGUGCCUCUAUCAGACAGGGAUAGGAUGAUCUUCACCAUUUUAGAAGAAAUCAAGGGCCAGGGGAGACAAAACACCCUAAUGCUUCAGGCACUUCUCAAGCGGCAGCCUCAUAUAGAGCAAGAGCAUGGCAGCCUGCGCCUGGACGAAUUCCGGUUUCCUCUUGACACCAAGGAGGACAUUGACAGAGUGGAGAGGAUGUUAAUGGACCAGGCUACAGAAAAGGCACUGGUAUGUGACCGUUGUACGAUUGUUAACAAAGUCCUUUUCUUUUCAGAUUAUAAUAACCAAUACAUUGUCAUUAAUAGUUUUUGA